GUAAAUAUCGUAUAUGUAAAUGAGCAUUAUACCUAUGUGAUUUUUUCGAUCUACUCCUGGUAAGCAACAAUGCCGUCGGGUGAAUAUAGAAGAUUCUCAUUUCGUAUCCCUAGUGGUCCAAAACGGAGCCUGACUAAGCCUGUUCGCGUGUAUCAGCCCACGUAUCAGCUGAACCCAAGAAAGCGAUUCAACGUCGAAAAGGUCCAGAAAAUACUAGCACAGCUUCUCGACCCGGAGCUAGAGGGGGUCGAGUACAGUGAGAAGGUGGUUCCCGAGUUGUGCGUUAAUCUGGCUGAAAGCAUUCGCAAUGCUGUGAAAGAAGAAAAUUAUGACAGGUACCGAAUAAUAGUGAAUGUGACCAUCUCCCAGCGGCGGCAACAGAGCCUCGUGGCGUCCCACUCGUUCCUGUGGGACUCGGAGCGGGACAACUUCGCGGCCCGCGAGUUCCACAACCCGCACAUUCACGCCUACGCGGUCGUCUAUGGAAUAUACUUCGACUAACAUUACCUAAGAUAGAGCACGUGUGUUGUACACAUUUAAUAAUAACAUCUAAACUUAAUUUUUUUAAAUGUGCCGUCAAUAUUAUACUUACUUUUUUCACUAGAUGGCGUUCAUAAGUAAAUUAGUAGGAACUCUUUUAGUAUUAGUAAAGCUACAAAGUAUAUAAUUGUAAUCCAUAUGUACACUAUGUAUAUGCGCCAUCUGGUAUAGCUGCUAUUUGUAUGCAAUUGUACAGUCAGCAAAAUUAUUAAGUUAGCACCCCUAAACACAAAUAAGUGUGCUAAUACUUUUGCUGACUGUAGGUAGUGUAGGUACGACGCGACGGUUACUUCAGUUGUCUGUGUCAAUGACACUCAGAAAUGGUUUCUAAAGGGCAUGGCACACUGCUACCGAUUCGCACGUCACUUCGAAGUUUGAGCGAGACAACGCAAUGCGCGUAUUAUAGCGACAUCCCCCUCGCACCUCGGAGCGACAUGCGAAUUGCAGUGUGCCAUGCCCCUAAUUAUUGAAUAUGUAAAUCUCUAGCUCCAGAUCGAAGUCAAUCAUGGCACUAUGAUUACUAUUUUGUUGUUAUUUUUAUGUGUUACGUAAGUGCCAUGAAUAAAAAAAUUAAACAAGACUAUGCCCCCGU